GGAGGCGGGACGCCCGUGCGCCUUGGCUUCUCGGCCUGUCGGCUCUCCAGGCGGCGGCCGGCGGGGAGCGCCCCUCGCCCGGGAUGGGUGCCGCGGCCUCGGGCCUCCGGGCUGUCCCUGCCACCCCCGCCGCGGGCGGGAACAGGGCUGGGCCCCUCCUGGGACGGCGAGGGCCGCCCCAGGGCCCCGCUCGGGCUCUGCUCUCCCCCGGCCCACGGUCCCCGCCUGGAAUGGCCUUUCCUGGAAACCCGAUGAUGUUACUUUAAGGGGAUGUUUCCUUUAGAAAAUGCCUUACUGCAUCUGGCCGCUCUCUCUUCUGCCUGACUUAACCCCCGCCAAUGGCCGUAUCCCGAAGAUUCCCUGCUCUCCGCUUGUCAGGUGGUGGUGAUAUCUGCAAGAUACCCCGUAACCGGGCAGCCACCAACCACGCGUGGCUGGUUAGACUUAUUUGCCAAGCGUUGGAGUAGUAUUAUUAGAUAAAAAUGCCUGUUCGAGCCAAAAAGAGGCCAACUUUUUUUGAAGUUUUUAAGAUGCGGUGCAGCAAAGCAGAUUUAGGACCAAUAAGCCUUAACUGGUUUGAAGAACUUUCAUCAGAAGCUCCACCCUAUCAUUCUGAAUCUGCAGAAGAAUCUGAAUACAAAAUCAGCAGUUAUGAACCAAACCUAUUUAAAACACCACAAAGGAAACCCUCCUAUAAUCAAUUGGCUUCAACUCCAGUAAUAUUUAGAGAGCAAGGUCUAACUCUGCCACGACACCAAUCUCCUUUAAAUGAAUCAGAUAACUACAGAUUAGACUUAGGAAACGAUAUUGCCCACAGUAAACAUAGAAGUCACUGUACAGUGAGGGCUAAAAUGGACCAAGCAAGUGAUGUUACCAGUCCACCUCUAAAUUCUUGUCUUAGUGAAAGUCCUGUUCUACGACGUACACAUGUAACACCACAAAGAGAAAAGUCAGUGGUAUGUGGAAGUUUAUUUCAUACCCCAAAGCUUAUAAAGGGUCAGACACCAAAACGUAUUUCUGAAAGUCUAGGAGCUGAGGUGGACCCUGAUAUGUCUUGGUCAAGUUCUUUAGCCACACCACCAACCCUUAGUUCCACUGUGCUCAUAGUCAGAGAUGAGGAAGCACCUGAAACCAUCUCUUUUAAUGAUACUACUGAUAUUUUGAAAAGCUGUUUUUCUAACCAAGAUGAAAGUCUGAAGAAAAAUAAGUUUAUCCCUUCAAUGUCAGACAAUAAAAACAAAAAUCAAGUGGAAGCUAUACAUCAUGAAUUGGAGAAAACAUUAGAGAAUUCAUUUGAUGAAGUGAAUAGCUGUGAAGACCAUUUUGGAAAGUCAGUGCCAAAUGUCCUAGAAGAUGACAUACGUGAAACAGUUGUAGACAUUUCUGAAGAAGAUAGUUUUUCAUUAUGUGUUACUAAGUAUAAAACAGAAAAUAUAAAAGAAAUAAAAACUGGCAAGACUAGGAAAAAAAAACUGAGUAAAACUGUAACUGAUAAAGAAGCUAAAAAAGAAAUGCAUGAAAAUAAACAUUCAUUUGCAUCUGAAAUGGAACCAAAUAACAGUGAUCCAUUAGACUCACAUGUCACAACUCAGAAGCCCAUUGGGAAUGGUAGUGACAGAAUUUCCAAGGAGGUUGUACCCCCCUCAGCCUCUAAACAGUCUCAGCAAACCCCCUCAGGUCCAAAUAGAACUCAGAUAGAUAAAAUACCCCUAAUCUGUAUUUCUGCUUGUGACCAAAAUAAUCCCAAAAAAGACCAAAUAGGUACAGAAAAAGAAUGUGCCAACUUUAUUUCUUCAGAAAAUUCUUUGCCACAUAUUUUAAGUCUUCAAAAACCAGAGAAGAUACUGAAUGAGGAAAUAAUGAUAAAUAAAAGAGAUGGAGUGCAGUAUCUUGAAUCUCAUGAAGAGUGUGUUCUUGCAGUACAACCAGCAAUAUCUGGAUCUUCUCCAGUAGCUUCUCCAUUUCAGGGUAUCAAAAAAUCUAUAUUCAGGAUAAGAGAAUCACCUGUCGAGACUUUCAGUACAGUUUUCUCAGGUAAUAUGAAUGAUUCAAACUGUAAAGGAGAACUUGAAGCCUCUGAAAGUGGAUUGGAAUUAUAUGCUGUUUGCUCCCAGAAAGAGAGCUCUUUAUGUCCAAGUUCAGUUGAUAAUGAAAGCAGGCCCACUCCUAGCAAACAAACUUCUGUAACUUCAAAGAAUGCAGGUCUAAUAUCCACUUUGAAAAAGAAAACAAAAAAGUUUAUUUAUGCUGUAAAUGACAAAACAUCUUGUGAAAGAGAAAAAGUACAGAAAGAUCAAGAAUCAGAGCUGACUAACUGUUCAACCCAUCAUGAAGUAGAUGCUUUCGAAGCACCACCUACAUCCACCCAGGCUGGUCCAGGUAUAUUGCAUUCUUCUGUCAAAAGAAACUGUUUACAGUAUGAUCAUGAAAAACAAACCUGGUCCCUAACCAGCUCUUUCGGGAUGACUCUGAGAAAAUGUUCCAAUAAUGAAAGCAUUUUUUCUAAUAAUAAAAUAACAGCUCAGGAUCUUGAUUAUAAAGAAGGAAAAAAUAAUAAGGAAGAACUCCAGUCAUUUAUAGCCACAGAAGCUGAUCAUCGGUCAUGCCUACAGGGAAGACAUUGUGAAGAUGAUCCAAAAAGCCAAAGAAUUUCAGAUAUAAAAGAAAAAGGCUUGGCUACAGCAUGUCACCCUAUAAUACAGCCUUCAGGAGAAGAAUGUAGUGACAUCCACAUUCAAUCCCAGAAAAGCCUUUUAUAUGACCAUAAAAAUGCCUGCACUUUUCUUUUAACUUUGAGUUCCAAGGAUCCUCCAUCAAACCCAGUUAUGAUUUCUAGAGAAAAGGAAUCGUAUAAAAUGUCAGGGGAACUAGAGUAUAAGAAUUGUGAAGCCAAUUUUGAAUUAACCAAAAAUAUUCCCACAGAAAAGAAGCAAGAAAUACAUGUUUUAAAUGAAAAUUCUGAAGAAGCAGAGCUCUUGCUACCUAAAAAAUUGGUAAAAGUUACAUCACCUUCUAUGAAGAUACAAUUCAACCAAAAUACAGAUCUCACAGUAAUCCAGAAAGACCAAUCCAAUUUCAAAAAAACUAGUCUAAUUUCAAAAAUAAUUAUCAGUGCAAAUUCGGAAGAACUUUUCCCAGAGAAUGAGAAUGAUUUUGCCUGUCAAAUAACUAAUAAAAGGAAUAUGACUAUUUUAGAGAAUACCAAGGAACUUAAUGAGACAGACUUUAGAUGUGUAAAAGAACCUGUUCUCAAGAACUCUACCACGGUAGUAUAUACAGACAGAGGUGACGAACAAGCAGCCCAGGCAUUCAUUACAAACAGUCUUGACUCACUGAAUGUAGUUCCUCACCUCACAGAGAAGGACGGCAAUAGUGUAAAGCAGCAUCUAAACAUGGCUCUAGGUCAAGGCUUAAAAUCAUACAUCUCCUUAGAUAUAGAAGUGAAGUCAAACAGAAAUCAUGAUUACUUAAACAGAUGGGCAGGUCUCUUAAAUCCAAUCUCAAGUGAUAAUUUUGGAUGUGGCUUCAGAACAGCUUCUAAUAAAGAGAUAAAACUCUCUGAACACAACAUUCAGAAGAGCAAGAUGCUCUUCAGAGAUAUUGAAGAACAGUCUGCUAACAGUUUAGCAUGUAUUGAAAUUGUAAAUACCUUGUCAUUAGAUAAUCAAAAGAAACUAAACAAACCUUGUGCACUUGAUUCACAGGCAGCUAAUAAUGUAUCCGUGGAUGUGCAGAGUAUUGCAUUUGUUUCUGAUAGUGAAAAUAUUAAAACCACUCCUCAGAAUUUAUCUUUAAAGCAAGGUUUUAAUUCAAACUAUAAUUUAACACCUAGCCAAAAGGCAGAAAUAACAGAACUUUCUACUAUUUUAGAAGAAUCGGGAAGUCAGUUUGAGUUUACACAGUUCAGAAAACCCAGCCACAUAAUGCAGAAUAAUAAAUUUGAAGUAUCUGAAAAGCAGAUGACUGUAUUGAAUAACACUUUUGAGAAAUGGGAAGAUGCUGAUCCCGAUCUCACAAUUAAUGCUCCACCUAUCACUCAAAUAGACAGCAGCAAGGAAUUGGAAAGGACAGUCAGGAAUAAACAGAAGAGUGCUUAUUUGUUGAAAAAUAACUGUAACAAAAGUGCUUCUGGUUGUUUAACAGAUAAAAAUGAAGAGUUUAAAGGCUUUUAUUCUGCUCUUGGCACAAAAAUUAGUAUUUCUAGUGAGUCUCUGCAACAUGCUUUGAAACUGUUUAGUGAUAUUGAGAGUAUUAGUGAGAAAACUUCUGCAGAAAUUGAUCCAAGAAGCUUUUCUUCACGUAAAUGUCAUGAUUCCAUUUCAGUGUUGAAGACAGAAAAUUGUAACAAUGAUAAACAUUUUAAUGAAAAAGAUGAUAAAAGCCAGCUAAUAUUACAAAAUGAUAUUGAAAUGACUCCUGGUGUUUUUGUUGAAGAAAAUACUGAAAAUUACAAGAGAAACUCAGAAAAUGAAGAAAACAAAUGUACUGGUACCAAUAGAAACCCUUGUCACUUAGGAGAAUCUGAUGGCAGUGAUUCAAGUGAAAAUGAUACAGCUUAUAUUCGUAAAGAUGAAAAUGGCUUGCCAUAUAUUGAUCAGCAUAACAUAUAUCUAAAAAUAUCAAGCCAGUGUAUGAAGGAGGGAAACACUGAAAUUAAAGAAGGUUUGUCAGAUUUAACUUGUUUGGAAGUUGUCAAAGCUGAAGAAACAUUUAAUGUUAAUACUUCAAAUAAAGAACAGUUAACUGCUAAUAAAAUGGGGCAAAAUGGGAAAGAUUUUGAUAUUCUUUAUUUACCCUUUCAGACUGCAAGUGGGAAAAAUAUCAGAGUCUCCAAAGAGUCAUUAAAUAAAGUUCUAAAUUUCUUUGAUGAAAACUGUACAGAAGAACUGGAAAAUUUUUCAGCUUCUUUUAAUUCUGAAUUACUUCCUGGCAUAAAGAAUGAAAUGGACAUUUCAAAUCUCAAGGAAUCGAACUUGGUUAAAAACAACAUACAGAAAGGAAGUAUCCCAGUUGGUACUGAAAAUCAAUUACCAGUUCUCCAGCAACAACCUGAAUGUGAGCUGGAAAAGAUCAAAGAACCUACCAUGUUGGGUUUUCAUACCGCCAGUGGGAAGCAAGUAAACAUUACAAAGGAAUCUUUGGACAAAGUGAGAAAUCUUUUUGAUGGAAAAAUGCAAGAUAACGUUACUGAAAUCACAGACUGUAGCCAUCUAGGGACAGAGACUCUAAAGGAGAGAAAGGAAUGUAAAGAAGGGCUUGAAUUAGCAUGUGAGACCUUUGAGGUAACAACUCUCCCAAAGCAGGAGGAAAUGCAGAAUUCUCUAGAUGAUAAUGAGAAAAACCUCAUUUAUACCGAGACUACAAUGCUACCCAGGCUCUUAAAUGAUAAUUUAUGUAGACAAACCAAAAUUCUCAAAACAUCAAAUAGUAUUUCUUUAAAAGUUAAAGUACACAAAAAUAGAGGAAAAGAAACAGCAGAGAGUCCUACAGCUUGUUCCACAAAUCAGUCCACUUGUUCAGCCAUUGAAAAUUCAGCUUUAGCGUUUUACACUGGACAUGGAAGAAAAAUUUCUGUGAAUCAGAGUUCACUAUAUGAAGCAAAAAAAUGGCUUAGAAAAGGAGAGUUGGAAGAUCAAACAGGAAAAAUAAGUGCUGUCAGGGUUAUACAUUCAAAUCAAUGCCCUAAGGAUUGUGUAGAAAAUCCCUCAUACGAAAAUAGUUUGAACAGUAUCAUAACUGGAGAUGACAAAAACCAUCUCCUUGAAAAAGCAGAUUCAGUUUAUUUAAGUAAUAGUGGCAUGUCCAACAGCUGUUCUCAUCAUUCUUAUUUUUGUCAUUCUGAUGAGGUAUACAAUAAAUCAGGAUUUCUCUCAAAAAAUAAGAUCGAUAAUUCAAAUAUUGACCCAGUAGUGGAAAAUGUCAAAGACAGAAAAAAUACUAGUUUUUCUGAAGUACCAUCUACACUAAGAGAAGCAAACGCGUACCCACAAACUGGAAAUGAAGAUACUUGUAUUCAAAAACCUGUUUCUGCCUUUUCUCCACAAAAAAGUAAAAAUGCAACCCUUAAAUUGGCCAUAUCCGAUUCAGAUAAUUUUGUUGUGGGGCCUCCUGCAUUCAGUACAGCAAGUGGUAAAAUCGUCUGUGUUUCACAUGAGACAAUAAAAAAAGUGAGAGAGAGAUUUACAGAGAAUCAUGGUAAUGUCAUUAAACAAAACACUGAGAGUAAAUCCGACCCUUGCCAAACAAAAAUUGUGGCAGGUUGCUAUCAGGCAUUGGAGGACUCAGAGGAUGUUAUUUUUCCUAGCUCUCUAGAAGGUAAAGAAGGUGCUAUGCAUUCACAUAAGGAUUUUGCUGACAUUCAGAGUGAACAGAUUUUAAAAUAUAACCAAAAUAUGUCUGGAUUGGAGCAAGUUUCCAAAAUAUCAUCUGGGCAGGCUAAUUUGAAAACUCCUGAUACAUGUAACUUUAAUAUAGGGAAGCUUCCUAAGUCACCCACUUCUACAAAUGCUUGUGGGAUUUUUAGCACAGCAAGUGGGAAAUUUGUACAAGUAUCAGAUGCUUCAUUACAAAAGGCAAGACAGGUAUUUUCUGAGAUAGAAGAUAGUGCCAAGCAGUUCUUUUCCAAAGUAUCCUUUAAAUGUAAUGAAGAACAUUCAGACAAAUUCACAGAAGAAAGUACCAUGACACACACCAACAACAAUUUACCAUUACCCCAAAAAGAUUUUUUAUAUAAUGUGGUAAAAUCAUCUGCUUACUCUGGAUUUAAUACAGCAAGUGGAAAACAGGUUUUAAUUUCUGAAAGCUCCUUAAACAAAGUUAAGGGGAUGUUAGAGGAAUUUGAUUUAAUUGGAACUGAGUAUAAUCUUCAGCAUUCACCUACAUCUAGACAAGAUGUAUCAGGAGUACUUCCUUGUGUUGAUAAGACAACUCCAAAACACUCUGUAAAUUCCAAAAUGAAAAAAACCUGCAAUAAAAAAUUUGAGUUAUCGAAUACCUGCAAUAUUGAAAGUGGUUCUUCAGAAAAUAAUCACCCUAUUAGAGUUUCUCCAGAUCUCUCUCAGUAUGAGCAAAACAAUCAACAGUCACUAUUAGGAACCAAGCCAUCACUUGUUGAGACCAUGCAUCUUUUGGGUAAAAAACAAGCUUUACCUAAAAAUUUAAAAAAGGAAAUUGGUAAACCUGAAACUUUUACUAAUCUUCCUAUGAAAACAAAUAGAGAAGUUUGUUCUACUUACUCCAAAGAUCCAGAAAACUGUUUUGAAACAGAAGCAGUAGAGAUUGCCAAAGCUUUUAUGGAAGAUGGUGAGCUGACAGAUUUUGAACUGCUGAGUCAUGCCAAACAUUCUCUUUUUACAUGCCAAAGAAAUGAAACGGUUCUGUUAAAUCCAAGAAUUGGAAGAAGAAGAGGAAACACACUUGUCUCAGUUGGAGAACCCCCAAUCAAAAGAAACUUAUUAAAUGAAUUUGACGAGAUAACAGAAAAUCAAGAGAAACCCUUAAAGGCUUCAAAAACCACUCCAGAUGGCACAAUAAAAGACAGAAGAUUGUUUAUGCAUCACAUUUCUUUAAAGCCAGUUACCUGUGGACCCUUUUGCACAACUAAAGAAGGGCAAGAAAUACAGAAUCCAAAUUUUACCCCACCUAAUCAAGAAUUUGUGUCUAAAUCUCAUGUUUUUAAACACCUGACUUUGGAAAAAUCUUCAAGCAAUUUAUCAGUUUCAGAGAAGCCAUUUUAUAAAGUUUCUGCCACAGGAAAUGAAAAAAUGAGAUACUCGAUUACCAGCAAACAGACCAGAGUCUUUGUCCCACCUUUUAAAACUAAGUCACUUUUCCAAAGAGAUGAACAGUGUGCUAUUAGGAAUAUAAAUUUGGAGGAAAACAAACAAAUACAAAAAAAUACGGAUGAACUUGCCUCUGGUGGUGGUGGUGGAAAUAAUAUUAGUGAUGGUGAAAUUCAUCUAUUUAACAAAAAUAACUCCAGUCAAGUAGCAACUAUAAUUUUCGGAAAAUGUGAAGAAGAAUCUUUAGAUUUUAUUACAAAGCUUCAGAAUGCCAGAGAUACACAGGAUAUGCGAAUUCAAAAGAAACAAAGGCAACGAAUUUGUCCACAGCCAGGCAGCCUGUAUCUUGCAAAAACAUCCAGUCUGCCUAGAAUCUCUCUGAAAGCAGCAGUAGGAGGCAAAGUUCCCUCCACGUGUUCUCAUAAACAGCUAUAUAUGUAUGGUGUUUCUAAACAUUGCAUAAAAAUUAACAGCAAAAAUGCAGAGUCUUUUCAGUUUCGUGCUCAGGAUUAUUAUGGUAAGGAAUGUUUGUGGGCUGAGCAGGGAAUUCAGUUGGCUGAUGGUGGAUGGCUUGUACCCUCCAAUGAUGGAAAGGCUGGAAAAGAAGAAUUUUAUAGGGCUCUGUGUGACACUCCCGGUGUGGAUCCAAAGCUUAUCUCUAGAUCUUGGGUCUAUAAUCACUACAGAUGGAUUAUCUGGAAACUGGCAGCUAUGGAAUUCGCCUUUCCUAAGGAAUUUGCUAAUAGAUGCCUAAGCCCAGAAAGGGUGCUGCUUCAGCUGAAAUACAGAUAUGAUAUGGAAAUUGAUAGAAGCAGAAGAUCAGCUAUAAAAAAGAUAAUGGAAAGGGAUGACACAGCUGCAAAAACACUUGUUCUCUGUGUUUCUGAAAUAAUUUCAUUGAGCACAAAUAUAUCUGAAACUUCCAGCAGUAAAGCUAGUAGUGUGGAUACCCAAAAAGUGGCCAAUGUUGAACUUACCGAUGGCUGGUAUGCUGUUAGGGCCCAGUUAGACCCUCCCCUCAUGGCCCUCAUCAAGAACGGCAGGCUGGCUGUGGGCCAGAAGAUAAUUGUGCAUGGAGCAGAGCUGGUGGGCCCUCCUGAUGCCUGCUCACCCCUUGAAGCCCCCGAAUCUCUUAUGUUAAAGAUUUCUACCAACAGUACUCGGCCUGCUUGUUGGUCUGCCAAACUUGGAUUCUUUCCUGACCCUAGACCUUUUCCUCUACGCUUGUCGUCACUUUUCAGUGAUGGAGGAAACGCUGGCUGUGUUGAUGUUAUUAUUCAAAGAGCAUACCCUACACAGUGGAUGGAGAAAACAUCAUGUGGAUUAUACAUAUUUCGCGAUGAAAGAGCAGAAGAAAAGGAAGCAGCAAAAUAUGCAGAGGCCCAACAAAAGAAACUGGAAGCCCUGUUUGCGAAAAUUCAAGUGGAAUUUGAAGAGCAAGAAGAAAAUGCAACAAAACCAUGUGUGCCCUCACGUGCACUAACAAGACAGCAAGUCCAUGCUUUGCAAGAUGGUACAGAGCUCUAUGAAGCAGUGAGGCAUGCCGCAGACCCAGAGCACCUCGAGAGUUGUUUUAGUGAAGAGCAGUUAAGAGCCUUGAAUAAUCACAGACAAUUAUUGAACGAUAAGAAGCAAGCACAGAUGCAGUUGGAACUCAGGAAGGCCAUAGAAUCGGCAGAACAAGGGGUACAAGGUUUAUCAAGGGAUGUGACAACUGUGUGGAAGUUGCGUAUUAUAAGCUACGAGAGAAAACAAAAAGAUUCAGUUAUAUUGAGUAUCUGGCGACCAUCAUCAGAUUUAUAUUCCCUGUUAACGGAGGGAAGGAGAUACAGAAUCUAUCAUCUUGCAACAUCAAAAUCUAAAAGUAAAUCUGGAAGAGUUAAUAUACAGUUAACAGCAACAAAGAAAACUCAGUAUCAACAACUACCGACUUCAGAUGAAAUCCUAUUCCAGGUUUACCAACCAAGGAAACCCCUUCAUUUCACCAAAUUAUUAGAUCCAGACUUCCAGCCACCUUGUUCUGAAGUGGACCUAAUAGGAUUUGUAGUUUCUGUUGUGAAAAAAAUAGGUCAUGCUCCUUUGGUCUAUUUAUCAGAUGAAUGCCAUAAUUUAUUAGCAAUAAAGUUUUGGAUAGAUAUUAAUGAAGACAUUGUUAAACCUUCUAUGUUAAUUGCUGCGAGUAACCUCCAGUGGCAUCCAGAAUCCAAAUCAGCAUUUCCUACUUUAGUUGCUGGAGAUUUUUCUGUGUUUUCUGCCAAUCCAAGGGAGGGCCAUUUUCAAGAAACAUUCAACAAAAUGAAAAAUACUGUUGAGAACAUUGAUAUGUUUUGCUGUGAUGCAGCAAACAAGCUUAUGCAUAUACUUAAUGCAAAUGGUCCCAAGUGGUCUACCCCAGCUAAAGACUACACUUCAGAGCCAUACGCUGCUCCAGCAGUUCUUGGUACAGGAAAUAAGUUUCUGAUGUCUCCUCCUAUUAAUGACACAAAUUAUCAAAGUCCUUUAUCACUUUGUAAGACAAAAGGGAAGUCUGUUCCUACACCUCUGUCAGCCCAAAUGACUUCAAAGUCUUGUAAAGGGGAGAAAGAAAUCGAUGACUCAAAGAACUGCAAGAAGAGAAGAGCGUUCGAUUUCUUGAGUAGACUCCCUCCACCUCCACCUGUUAGUCCGAUCUGUACAUUUGUUUCUCCAGCUGCACAGAAGGCGUUUCAGCCACCACGGAGUAGUGGCACCAACUAUGAAACACCUACUAGGGAAAAAGACUUGAAGUCUCCUCGGAUGACUCCAUCUCAGAAAUUUAGUGAAAUCUCUCUUUUGGAAAAUGACUCAAUAGCUGAUGAAGAGCUUGCAUUGAUAAAUACCCAAACCCUUUUGUCUGGUUCAGCAGGAGAAAAUCAACUUAUUUCUAUCAGUGAAUCCACAAGGACUGCACCCCCCAGUUCAAAAGAUUGUCUCAGACGGAAAAGGCGUUGUGUUGCGUCUGUGACCGCAGAACAGAGUUCCCAGAUCGGCACCGAGGAAGGGCAGGCUGCUCUGCAGACCACAAGUACCACAGAAAACGCAGCGAAGGGGCUGCCACGGCAGCAAAAACGGAAACGGGUUGUUGACUGUUAACCUUUCCAGCUGUGAAGCAAGCCCAGUUUCAAACUGCACAUCAGCAUUUGCAUGAGACAAGAAACGAAAUAGUUUCAAAUGUACCUAAAUGUUUCUGUUGCAGGUGUUCUCUGCCUGCUUCUGUAUCGGUGUCCUUUUAUUGCAGUGGUACACCUUAGAACUGACUUGUACAUUUGUUAACUGAUAGAGAAAAUACAAAUCUAACUCUCUAGGACUGGAUUUGAUCACUGCAAGUAUUGCUUUGCAAAUGAAGGACACACACCUUUUGCUUUUGGAGUGUGCUGUUGAUUAAAUGAACCUCCGUUUCUGAGUACAUUUUGCCUCACAUGGUUCCUUUCAGUGUUAGUUCCUACUUGAGGUUUUUUUUAGGAGUAACACCUGGGAGCCAGCUUCCCUUCGUGCACACGUUCAUCCUGCUGUGUCCCCCCCGUUCAAUGUCAGGCCAGAGAAGACAGCACAAAGGUGGUGGCUUUUGACCAGUUCUUCAUCCUUAAGUCAGCAUGACUCUAGGAAAAAUAAAACCCUCAAUGUAAUUCCUUUUUUUUUUAGCGUGAUCUCUGAAAUUACUCAGUUAAAAAUUCAAAUACGUUGUCAGAAGCAGAUUUUGGAAUGGGUUUGAGGUUUUUUGUUUGUUUUAACAAAAUGAUCAUCUGGAUUUCAACCUCAGAGAAUGUCUUGCUUUCACAUUGGUACUGACUCUUCCUGCAUUGUCUCGUUUCCUCUUUAGCACUAACAGGACCCCCUUUUAAGCCUAGUUUUCUCUAACCUCCAAGGCAGAAGAAAAAAGUUGAGUUUAAGAUGAUAUUCUCAUUGUUUUCUUUGUGUUUAGUAGACAGAAGGGAGCAAGCAGUUCUAACUAGGAGCUAACAGCAUGGAGAAGCUUUUAAGUUGGGUCUUUUUAAAAUUUAUAUAUAAUAUCUUGUUUUCAAAUCUAGUUAUAAACACAUUUCAAAACCAAAAUAGAUCCUUUUAAAAAUCAAUUUGUUUCCUUCCAUAAAUGAUUAACUGGAAUCUCAUUUUUCUCUCCUCAAAAUCAUUAACAUAAUUGUCUAUUCUGCUGCUGUUUUGUUUUUUUUAAUUUAAGUAAUCUGUAGUCCUAUUAAUGUGAUUUAAGUUUUGUUCACCAAAUAAUUUGGUCCUAACAUCCUAAUCACUUUCACGGUGAUCCACUCUAAAAUAGGGAAUAAAACUUGAGUCUCAGGUGAACAAAAAGAAUCACAACAAUUUCAUUUUUUUUUUUUUUUGAAUCCUGGAAAAACUGCUAUUCCCUCCAUUCUCCAUUACUGUUCACUGCACACACUCCUUUUUGUAAAUUGUAAUACAUCCAAGUCAUGUGAGCAAAUAUGAUGCUUGAAUAUAUAUGGAUGUUAUCCUCCCCCAAAAAAUGACCAAUUUAAUGAUUAUAAAGUCAACAAUGUAUGCUGCAUAAGAGAUAAAUGGUAAAAACAAUUUAUUUAUUCAGUAAUCACUUAAUGAGAGCCUGUUGAAUGUACACAGCAAUAUGCCAGCUCUGUGAAUGAUGCAAACAUCAAUAAUACAUGAAACAGUUCAAGUCAAUGUUGGGUGUUCAAAAAAAUGUAUGAAUCAGGAGCCAUGGGAUUCAAGAGGACAAAUAAAUCACUUCU